AGUGAAUGUACUACCCACUGUCCCAUAGAAGUAGUCUGCGAGCGCUGCAGCCUCCUGCUCCACCGCAAUUCUCUGUAUUCUGUUCCCGCAUACAUUCAAUACAUCCCUCGUGCAGCCGUACAUAGCGUGAGGAAACGCUCUUUGCAUCAUCGACAAAUCCUUGCGCUCAGCGUCGGUGAGGAUGAGAAGUCUGCUGAUGUUCCGCCUUGACACUAUCGUCCUGAUCUGAUCGACAAAUCCGCCAAUGGUCCGGCCGCCGAACUUUUGCCGAAAAUCAUCAUCCCCGUAGCGAAUGUGGCAGGCAAGAAUAUCCCCGUCCGCCCCCCAUGAGGGCACGAGCUUCAGCAGUUCAAUUGCCGCACCCGUCACCCAGCUUCGAAAGGGCAACGCGAGCUCGGUUGGAUAAUAGACAUCGAGCUUGCCUCUGAAGCUGAACUUGGCAGACACUCCCAAGACAUCGUCGUCUCGUGUCCACAGCUCUCGAAGCUGCUUGUCGGAGCUGACGAUGGUGGCUUUUGGGAUGUAGUGCCACAGAGGCUGCUCGUCGGGCUCUGUUGUCAUGGGAACACCGAUCACAUCUCGUGUCUCCAGCCGUUUGUACACAGCCUUGCAGUCUCUGCAGAACAAACGAGCAUGGAACCUGAGAAAUAAAGCAAAGUCAAUCCAAAAAAAGUGAGAAGCUAGGUUGCUAAGAUUGUUACCAGGGACGGACUGUGCAAUCCGUCCAGAAUCGCUCAUGUCCGUACUUCAUAGGGAAGACGUUGUCAAGCCACUCUUGAAGCUGUGGAUCAAUGAUUGAUUGAAACGUACAAGAUUUGCCGCUUCUCGAGGCCCUGCUGUGGAUGCUAUUGAGGUCCAGGAUCUGCAACCACGUCAGAUCGUGUGCGCUGACGCCCCUCGCGCCAAUCGGCGGCACAAGCAGGAUUCUCCUGCUUAUGUACGCCACACUCAACCUGAAUGCACAAAAGACAUGAUGACCGAGGGAGAUGCUGAUCAUACGUCCACUCAACAUUUUCGCCAACUGAACCUGCAGGCCAAAUGAAGAUAAAGCCCGCUUUUCGUUGAGGCUCUCACGGUGUCUCACCAGAUUGUUUGAGAGCUGUCCGUAGCUCUCGUAACAUGCUGCACCUCGCAGCGUUUCGUUGACAUGGAUGCUUUGUUUUGGUACAUCUUUGCUGCGAGUUUGUUGGUUCGAGAUGAAUCGGAAGGCCGACCACUCAAGGAUGUCUCUUAUGACACUUCUUCCGGGUAUCGUCAGCAUCAUGCUAAAAACGACGACUGCGACAAAAGGUACCGCGAGAAGAGCCGCGUGUAGGAUCAUUGUGGUGUGUUCUUUCCCCGUGUAAUGGAGCCGACCCAGGAGGCAGUUUUUUUUUUCUUUUUCGCAAUGUCUCUCCCACAUCUCUCCCACCAUUCGUUGUCUGCUCCUUUUCAUCCCCUGACCUGAAAGUGUCUCUUUACCCCUAUCUGUCCACCGUCAGCUCCCAUCAACCCCCCCAUCUCUUUUGACAACCCCAUUGGGCUGCUACAAGCACCCACCACAGCGGCAGCCGCACGAGGAGGCCUUCCCUCCCUGUCGAUUUGCUGAACUUCUCCCUCUCGAGUCUGCGGCCGUAUCGGCGUCUGCCUCUUCGGCGCUGGGAACGGUCGGCUCAUCUUCAUUUAUGCAGCGUAGCAGUGUCACCAAGAAGGUGCACAAAAAUUUGUCGUCUCGUUUCCAUCGUCUCCAGGGAUGUCGUGGAAGGAUGAUUGACGUUUGUUCGUCACUUUGCCGCAAUUCGUUUAUGCACAAGAAUUAAUCACAAAGGGAAGGGGUUCGAUUGGUCGAGUCCGUAGUACUUGGGGUCCCACAUAGGUGAUACAUCCAUCCAUCCCCUCUAGUAGUGACGAGAAGUUUCCUUGUCUCCUCUCCCUGCUCUCUCCAUCGCCCGCCAGCUAGCAGCAAAGCAGAUGUGAAUCGAUCGACCGAGCCAGCAAGCAAGCAAAAGCAUCGACGAUCCACAUAUACGCCACGCAACACACAGUAAAGCAGAAGCGCGCGCCUCACACACGCCCACGCAGACACACACACAGAACCAGCUGCACACAUACACACGCACACACGGGGAGAGAGAGAUAUCAGCACGCCGCCAUAUACAACAAACAACAGAGGUUACAUUAGCUGUACCCACCCACGCAGUGGCACUAUGUAGUGGUCGUGGGGUGGGGUGGUACGGGCACGCAAAUGGCUGCUGGUGAGUCGCUUGGUUGGCCGGUCGGUCGGUCGAUGGCUGGCUGGAUGGGUCGGUCAGCUGGCUGCACGCAUCGAUCAACCAAAUGGCUGACCGACCGACGUACGGACCGACCAGCCAGCUGGCUACACGUCAACAACGAACCGACCCCAAUACAUCCAUCUAUCUGUCUGUCAGUCUGGCUGUCUGCCUGUCUGUCUGUCUGUCUGUCUAUCCGUCAUCGAAGAGGUCGAAAAAGUCUUCGUCUUCGUCACCCUGGUACUGUGAGACAAUCCAAAACAACGUAAGACAUCAUCAUUACGGGAAAAAAAGAGGUGGCUCUCGUGUGUCACUGGCUGGUUCGCUGGAUCACCUGCAGAUGGAUAUCGUCCUCUUUCACCACCACACCACGAAUGCCCUACACACACAGACAUACAGAGAAAGAAAGAACAAGAAGGACAAGUAGGGACACUUCCACAUGACGCCCCUUUUCCCACUGCCCGACCCACUGACCCACCGCGAAUUUGUCGACGAUGUCUGCGAUGUCCUUGGGGACGCCCUCAUCUCCCCGAUCAUCUUCCGCCUCUCCAUAGCCCGAGUCCUUGCCCACCCACACCCACACCACCAGCCUGUACCCCGGCCGCUGCUCGCGGCCCUCACCCUCACCCUCACUGCCCUCACGCGCACUCGGCAACGGGCUGCGGGGAGUCGGGUUCGUACGCGCCGACCCGGCACUAUUGGCGACCCGCUUCUCACGAUCUCGAGUGCUCGAGGGCGGUUCCAGCACCGACGAACCAGUGGCAGCAGCAGCGGGGGGCUCCUCAUUGUCGGGCUUGGGUGGUGGGGGAAGGGGGACGUGUUGGCGCUCGUACUGUGCGAGUAUGAAGAGGCCGCGGUCGUCGAGGUCGUCCGAGUCAUACAUCUCUAGUUCGUGCUCGAGGUCGGGGUGCUUGAAGAGCUGGUUGGGGGGUAGGCGGGGGGAGGGCGCCAUGGACCGGUGGGUGUACUCGCCCCGCGGGGUGGGGUUGCCCCGGAGGCUCACAGACGGGCUGGACACCGAACGACUCUGCCGAUUCAACUCGUCCAGCACCAGCCGAUACGCCUCGUCAUUCUGAACCCACACCCACACCCAUAUGGAUGGACACAUGGAUGGUCAUGAUGUGAUGUGAUGUGACUGACCUCAGGACGUCUGGUGGGAGGCCACUGGUCGGGUGGCAAUCGUGUGGCGGGUGAGACUGUGGUGGGGAUGAGUGGAGGCGGGCUGGUGGCGUCAGCCAUGUCGGUGUCGCCGCCCCGGCCGUUGGGCGCCAUCCCUGCCUGUGCAGGCUGUGUCUGUGCAGUGGGUGAGAGUAGGUCGAGGUCGAGUAGGCUCCAGAAGAGGGGACCCUCCUCCCCCUGCACAUACUCAUGCCCAUCGACGCCUGAGACACGGAACCGACCACAGACAAACAGAGGAGAAGACAGCCAGACAGACAGAGGGGAUUGGUGGGUUGGUGUGUGUAUGUCUAGGAUGGUGCUGGUGAUGUGGCCUAGGCCAACACGUACAUGGUAUGCCCUCGAACAGCUUGAGGUGUCCCUCGAAUUGCCUGACCCCAUCCAUGGCCUCAUCCACAUUCGGACACUCUGAUCCAACCCACACCACCAUCUGCACAACAUACACAGUUGCACCACGAAAUAUAAGGGACCGUCCACUGCCCUCACAACCGAUCGAUCACACCUGGCUGCCCCUCAGGAUGACAAAGACGAAUCUGGGGUCGAGCGCCGCCACUCCGUGCGCACUGGCGGCCAUGGGCUGUGCACAGGAGGACAGUGGGACCGGCCAUAGGACCAAUGAGGGGUCCUUUGGUCCGUGUGGCGCCACCCUGAAGACCCUGGCGCGGAAGUCAGCGGUCGAUGUGGUGGUGAGCAGCGGCAUGGCGGGGGGCGCCUGGGGCGCCAGAGAUGUGGACGUGCCUGUGGAGGUGGAGUUGGUGCCGUUGACUUGGGGAGGUGGCGGGGUCGCCGACGCGCCGUUGGGGUGCCGCUCGUGCAGCUGGGGGUGGGGCGGGGAACCUGAGAGACAUGGGGCCGCAGGUGUUGAUUUGCAUUGAUUUGUCGAGUGAACAGUGAGUGGGGGCAUUAUUUUCCUGCGUCUUUCGCGCACCUUUGUCGGCGUUGCUGUUGAGUCGUUUGCCGAGGAGAAUGAGCUGGUAAGUGAAGCCCGUAUUGGGGUUGCAAAUGGGACGGCAAUCACGCACCUGAUUCAUGGCCAAGAAACCUUCAUGCCUUGUUGGGGUGUGAGUUGUAUGUUGUGUGUGGCUCACAGCGUUGUAUGCCGUCUCGAAGGGCCACUUUCGCCUCCACAUCAGAUACGCCGUCGCGAGCGUGGCGGAACGAGACACACCUGAGGGAGACGAACGGAGUGUUGCAUGAAUCAAUGGACAAGCAGUUUUUCCUCGCUUUGCGUGCUGACCCUCUCUGCAGUGAAUGAGGACGCGCCCCCCGCCGUCGAUUGCGUCGUGUAUCCACUGCAUGGUCUUGUAAAACAACACGCUGAUCUCCUCGGUCUUGGUGUCCUGAUCGUGGAUGGCCACGCCACACAAGCAAGCAGGUCCAUCCCUGCACUUCUCUGUGUGUGUUGUGUGUGUGGGGGAGGGAGGUGUGAGGGUUUGUUUGCCUUGAGGUAGUAGGUGAGGUAUUCGUAUUUGUGCGGGAAUGGGCUGUCGCACACGUCACCCGCUGAGUUGAUGAUGUGAGUGAUGCCCUCACCAUCCAACAACUGCAGUAGCCCAUCCGACACAUGAAUACAAACAGUCUGCACCUACAAUACAGGUCUCUCUGUCUGUGCGCGUUCGGUGCUGGUGUGGCGCUUUGUUGGCUGGCUGGCUGGCUGACCGCUUCGCUGCUGGCGACUCCGUAUCCCGCCACGUACAGCUCUCCAGGGAUGAUGGGCGAACACUUGGUGCUGACACACACAAAGGCAGGCAGACGCACAUCACGUGGUCGCGUAGACGCUCCACGUGCGUCAGUCAGUCGUGCCAAUCAUGUUUAUCAAAUGUACCGGUAUUCGUUGAGCAGUCUUCUCUUCCUCAAGCUAUCGGUCUCCUCAUACUCCUGUACAAAAAGGAAGACACCGAUUCCAAACAUGGAGAGAGACCAAUUCCCUCACCCCCACUUACAUCGGCCUCCGUCUCCACCUCAAGCCGCCGUUUCUCAGCCCCACCGUCGCUACGCACGCCACUCUGUGACGACACUACACCACCACCACCACCACCAGCAGCCACACCAGCAGCCACAGGAGCGCCGCCCCCACCGCCAAUGUUGGGAAUGGCCACGGGCGGCACCCGAGGGCUCAGGAUCAUCCCACUCAACUCAAGGGGCGGCGGCCGUCUCGCUACCGGAGGCAUCGUCGACGAGUCAGCCAUACGCGUGCGAUGCAUUUGCGGGUGGGCCGGGCCCAUGCCCGCGUUUUCUUCGCCUGGUGUGUGGUCCUUGGAUAUCAGCUGCUGCGGGAUGGACAGCUUCGGCACCACCUGCCGGCCCUUCUGCAUGCCGGAGGUCAGAGGGGGCACCACUGGCACCCCUGCUGGCCGUCCUCGGCCUCGAGCAACACCACCACUGGCAGCAGAAGCACCGGCCGGCGGAGCGAUGUUGGCCAGACCGAGAGGGGGGAUACCGACGCCCCUGCCCCUUCCGGAAGGCGCAGACCCAGAUGGAGCUCCUUUCCUCGCACUCACAGGGGCACGCUCUGCCAUGUCGGUGUCCAUAAUGUCAGCCGACACAGGUGCAGAUGUCUCGUCAGCACGGUGCCGCCCUUGCCGAGAUGACCCCUUCCUGCGGCUCACAUCACCACCACCACCACCGAGAGAAGCACCGGCAGUGGGCUGAGCUCCGGCGGGUCUGGGUGAUAUCUUGGGUUUGACGCCCGUCAGCCCCGCCAGGUUGAGCCGUGGCAUCACCGCGGGCACCACAGGCUUCUUCCCGCCACCCCGCGUCAGCACCGGGGCUGCCACGUACGGCGCCGCUGGCUCGGCGGCGGGGUGAUGCUGAUGCUGAUGCUCCCCCACCACCAGCGCCUCCUUGUCGCGGCCAGGCGUCUGGAAUGCCGAGCUUGCAUCUGAGCUGGUGGCCGACAGGGGCGGGUGGGUGUCGGCUUUGUUGCUGUCUUUGUCGGCGCGUCUCUCGAGCACUGGCUGCAGGUUGAGGCCGGGUGGCCUGAAUGGCACUGAGGGGACGGAUGGCGGUGAGACGCAGGGAAUGCGGUGUGGGGGGAAGGAGACGGGGAUGGGCUCCGGCGAUGAUGCUGGUGGUGGUGGUGGGGUUGGGGGGAUCGAUGGGCCCCCAGCCACGAUACGCGGAGCCGGCUGGGCCGUCACGUCCACAUCCAUCGCCACGCGCUCGUCAGGCGCACCCUUCUGCACACACAGACCAAGGCACGCACAGAGAGAAACUGUCCAUCGACGGAUGCGCCCAUCCAUCCGUCCACCUAUGUCUGUCUGCAUGUCAGUUAGUGCAUACGUGUGUUUGUGCAGGUGCAGUGGAAGGUGUCAGGUGCACCCCCUGGUCCACCACUGCUACGGCCUGUGGUGGUCUCUCCAUACUAUACAGCUCUCUGCCCAGCUCCUCGUACCGCACACACACCUGGCCUGACGCUGGCGGGGGUGGGCCCAGCGACGGACGGGCGAUGGUGCGAUCGGUGUCUAAGGCCACACCCGCCCCACGCCCACUGGUGCACGUCCGCAUGGCAUCGUCGUCGUCAUGGGUGGCGAGGUUGACGGGAUGGGGAGAAGAGAGAUUGUGCAGCAACAAAUUGCGGGACGCCAGGGCGCCUGAAUGAACGAUGCAUGCACCGAUACAUAAAUGCUUUGUUGCAGCCAUGACAUGAUGGAUGGAUGGAUGGAUGACGUGUUUUAUCGGCUGUAUGCUGGCUGACCAUAUGUGGUAUGGAGGGGUGUAACCGAUGCGGCGUCGGGCGAUGGCGGAAGGAGGACAAAGGAUGCGGCGAAGUCGCACCAGUACCUGACGAACGAACCAAAACAGAAGAGCAGAAAUGGACACCUGGCAUCACGCCCGUGUUCGUGAGUACCGUACCUCUUGAAGAGUCCCCAAUCUACGAGCACCUGCUGCAGCUUCAUGGCCAGGAAAUCACCAUGACACUGCACCCACACCGCCCACCAACACAGACAUACAGACCAUGACAGACACCAUAGAGAAAGAGAGAGAGAGAGCCUGAGACCGAUCAAUGGAUAAGUGACAGCGAUGCUGACUGACCUCGACUUGGACGGGUGCGUGUGUGCCGAUCCACGAGAAGCAGUCACACCGGAUCACACGCGACACGGAUGUUGGCGCGCUGCAAGAUGAAGCGGGAGAUGGGGAGGGGGAGGGACGCGAAUACGGACUAUCGCUAUGCUGCCACGCCCACAACUGACCACACAAGCACCCACACAAGAGCCAUGCAUAUCUCCCUCCCUCCCUUCCUCCCUCCCUCCCUCCCUUCCUCCCUCCCUCCCUCCCUUCCUCCCUCCCUCCUGGUGAAUUCCCUGACAUUGGUCUCGCUCUCCUCGAGCACUCUAGCCAGGUCGCCUCCGACGCCACACGCCGCACCAGCACCGCUGACCCCCCUCCUCUGCCCGCUCGCCUCGCACCGAAUGUGCAGGAUGGUGUAGACCUCCUUACUGUCCAAACAGGGGGUCGCGAAUGCGGUGCGGUCGGGGGACAGCAGCGGGAUGGGCUCGUCAUGGACGCGCCGGGAGGACGAUUCCGGGGCUGAAGGGUCCACCACCUCCUUGACACGCCACACCUGGCCAACGCACACGACACAGGCAAAAGGGAGGGCACAUCACAUCACAUCACAGGCUGCCUGGCUGGCGGGCUGCAUGCACGCGGCCACCAGGCAUCAUCCAUCCUGUGUCCUGUCUGCACUGCACUGCACUGCUCAAAUUGCAAUCAUACAAAAGGCAAAAGGAAACAGUGUGAUUACCUGCAGGUAGUCAGUCGGUUCAGUCGGGAAGGCCACGUCAGCGUCGGCGAUGGGCGGUUUGCGCCUGCCGCCCUCCAAAUGCUCCGCCAGGCUGCACAGAGCCGUACCCGACACGUCAACUAACAGACGGCGGCUGAGCUGCCCUCCCAUACUCAACCAAGUAACACCACUAUCAAAUGACGCACUAUCGCAGCGCUCUCUUAGCCUCGCAGAGCACCCACAUUGGGCGCGGACUGUUCAGGGUCAAAUCAAGCUCUUUUGGGCACCAACGCUCGUCGGGCCCUCUCUGCCGAUGACUCCCACAGGACGGCUGCCGUUUUCG